UGUUAUGUGUCGUUUGGAGUGUGUGUUCGGUGUGAUCAACUCUAAAGCUCUAAAGAGAUGCGUCUCAGUAUAAGGAUAAAGCUUCUACUGAGCAGUCUGUUCCUCGCCUCUCUCCGGGCCCGCUCAUCUGGCAGUGUUUCAUCAGGCACACAUGUUGUUACCCAGACUACUGAUGUCUCUGUCACGGAGGGGGGGGCAGUCAACAUCACCUGCUGCUGGACACGCCAGCUCGGACGAGUGGGAGUAAAUUGGCUGAAGAAUCAUAUAAAUGAGAUUAUAAAUGAGACUGCAAUAAUUCAGACUGAAAUUUUCAGCUGGAAGAAUCACUCUCAAGGAUCUCUGCAAAAGGAAACAUCUAACUGCUCACACUUGAUCUUAACGAAUGUCACAAGAGAGGAUUCUGGGAGAUACAUCUGCAAGGUGGUUGUGGAGAUACCAUCUUUAAAUGUGGUUUCUGGAGAUGGCACGGUCAUCACAGUUAGAGAUAACACCUCCACAAAGAACAACACAGCAGAAGGUUCUCAGAGGGAGGAAGUGGAAGGAAGGAAGGAAGUGUUCAUUUAUAUCUACAGGUGCCUGCCCAUCAUUUUCCCCGUCAUAUGCUUCCUCUUCUUCUACAUUUUCUUCUACAAGGCUCACACACCAGCUGCUGCUGGAGAUAAAGUCACAGGAGAAAACCAAGAAGAAGAGGAGAUGGAUGAGAUAAAUACUGAAGCAGAGUGAAGAUAAGACAGGAGGAUUUGCAUUGUCUCGACUAGGACACAGAAGCAGCGUGUCACCCUGUUUGAGUGGCUGGUGUUAAGGAUAAAACAUUUACAUUACAUUUAGUUCUCCAACUGUCUUCAUGAUUUUGUAACCAGAACACAACACAUGUUGAGGAUGACUCAUUUUCACUUCUGCCACCUAAAAAGAGGAAACAGUUUGC